GAGAUAUAAAGAGCUCAAAACUUCACUCCAACAGAAAAAUCUUCAUCUCUUUCAGUUCUCAACUCGAUAAAAAUGGGAAGCACCGAAAUCGAGAAAACUGAGGAAAAUCUUCGUAAAGAAAUUGAAGAACUUCAACGUCAACAAUGGGAGAUUACUGAACGUCUUCGAGAUCCUAGAGGUAUUCGUCGAGGUGGGUUAGCAUCAAACGGCCCCCGAAAUUUCAACUCUAAUGGUGCCGGAAAUCGUCACCAACAAAGGGGAUUUGUUAGACCUGGUGGUCCUAUUGAUCCUGAAGAUCAAUCAGCACCGAAAAGACGUCUUUUAUCAGCUGUUGUUAAGGUAGAUGAUGGAGAAGAAGUUAAAGGGAAGGAAGUGGCUGCUGAUAGUGAUGCGAUGGAUACGAAUGUGAAGGAAAGUGAUGGAACGGCGGCGGCGGUGAAUGAAUUGCGUGAGCAACAACAUGGUGGUGAAAAUACUAGGAGAGAUACUCAUAGAGAGGUUAGGAAGGAUUUCAAUGGCAUAUCAGAAGAGCAUGUUCCGAGGGUUUUGCCGAAGAAUGAGGACCCAAGCUUGGUUAAUAGGAACAAGAGGAUGCUUGGAAACCUUUUAGGAACGCUGGAGAAAUUCCGGAAGGAAGAUAAGCAGCUAUCGACGACGGAUGCAUUCAUGCGCAGGUCAAGUUCCUUACAAAGAGCUGAGCAAAGGGCGCGCGAAGAAAGUGAAAAGCUGAGGGUGCAAGAGCGAGAACAAAUUGCCGAAAAAAGGAGGCGUGAUCUGACCCUCCGAGCACGUGUAGCUGCCAAGGCAGAAGAAAAGAAAUUGGAGCUUCUGUUUCUUCAUUGGACCGAGCACCAUAAAAAGCUUAACAAUUUCUUAAGGACAAAAGCAGAGCCUCCAAUAUUUUACUUGCCUACCAAACCAUUGGUUGAGGAUGAGACAUUGGCUGCGGAGCAAAAAGAACAGGCUUUUCUAAAUUGGAAGAAUGCUAGAAGAGAAGAGCUGUCCGAGUAUCAGAAGCAAAUUGGAGAACAAUGCCUCGCCAAUGUCGAAACAGAAUUAGAUAGAUGGCAAAACGGAAGGAAUGCAAGGAAGGGGAACAAUAACCUUAUGAACUUGCAGGAGACAAUGGACAAGGAGCUAGAAACCCGCCAACUCGAGUAUGGCCCCAAGACAACUAGAAAAUUCCCUGAAGAAGGUGCAGGUGAUGAUGAAGAUGUUGAAGAUAUAAAUGUUGGUGAAGAUGACAUAAUCGAAGAUGUGCUUGAGGAAGUCGAAGACGAUAAGAGAAUUGACGCUGCUUAAUACUCGGCUCGGUUUCUCAAUAACACAUGGUGAGGUCAGUUACUGGAGCCUGGCAUGUUGGGCUCCAACACAGAGUCCAGAUGUUUAUGUAUUUUGGUUUAUGGAUUGUGUAACAGAUGUUUUAAGAUUAAUUAGUCAGCGGUUCAUUUUCUAGGAUUUAGGGAUUGGUUAUGCAGUACUCUAUAGGUAAUAGAAAGCUAUUGUAAUUAGAGUAUUUUGAAGUGAAUGCUUUUUUGGGGUUGUUUUUCUUAUUAAGAUUGUCUUUUGCCAGUUCUUUAUAAAUGCUGUAAUUGUUUUUUUAGUUCAAGAACUCAGAGGGUCAGAACAUUGG